UCCUGAAUCUCCUCACUGAUAAAUUAUGACUGACGCCGCAGUGCCUCCCCCUUCUCCAACACUCGAAGAAGAUUCAGAAGUAGAGUUGAGGCGUUUGCUUCUUCCAGAUCCCAAUCUUCUCAUUCUCUCUCCUCCCCCUUCCGCUGUCGACUCCAACUAUGUCCACUACUUCAUCGCCGGUACCUCUCUCUAUCCCUCUCCCUUUUGCUUUUCUUGUUUGGAAUCUUACGUCAUCUGCAAAUUGGUAGAUUUUCUCAAGCCAGGGCACGAUCAGUACAUCUAUCGUCAUGCCAAUGGGUUGUGUGUCAUUGGAUUGGCUCCGACUCAUGCCUCCCUCUCGGAAGGAGGAGUGACUUCAGUCGAUUUCAAUGUUGGCAAGUCUGAUCGAAGCGAAAUCAAAGUAACAGGAAAGCGUAAGAAGAAUGCACAACUUCUGGAGCCCAACUCAGCUUUAUGCAAAGUUUACGCUAGUGAUAAUAUUUACAUUGCAAGGUGCUGUAUAAAGGGGUCUCUUCUCGAAGUAAAUAAUAGGCUAAUUAAGGAACCUGGAUUACUCAACAGCUCUGCAUCUAGAGAAGGAUAUUUAGCAAUCAUAAUGCCAAAACCAGCAGAUUGGCUUAAAUCCAAAAGUAUUUUACUUAACAGAGAAGAAUACAAGAAGCUGAGAGGUCUUUCCUGAUUUUCUCCAGGAGCUUCGUUCAUGAUUAUCUGAUGUAAAUGAUUGCUUAGGACUGUGUGCCAGAUGAGAUUUAUUGGAUGUCUGUGUGCCAGAUGAGAUUUAUUGGAUGUUUUAUUUCGUUGAUACUUUUAAUCUUUUCUCUUGGUGAUCAAGGUAAAAGCAAACAUGCAUGUCAUGAAACCUGAAUUUUGUGUUUUCAAAUACUUGAUAAUGUAAGCAAAGCUCACAUGAUGGAUGGUUGAUUUGUUUGA